GUAGAAUCACAAAAAUCUGAAAAAACAGAAAACUCCAAAGAAGAUUCAUAAAAACUCUCCAGCUGCCUGCCUACACAUAACAAACAAACUCCUAUUUUUCUUCUAUUCCAAAAAAAAACUACCUUCCCCAUUUCCAUUUUUUCUUCUUACACACUAGACAAUUCUCUAUUUCUCUCGAAUGGAUUCUCUAUCAUCAGUUUCUCCGUCAAUCGUUCUUCCUUCCGGGAAGCUUAUCCGUCACCACAAUCACCGGCGGCGAAUCGCCACUUUCUCAUCUCAACCCAAGCUCAAAGGCUUUCCUCGAUUCCGGAUUUCAAUUUUCAAUGGAAGUAGUGGUAGAACGAGGUCUAUCUCUGUUUGUUGCAAAUUGAGUACUAACGGAGAAGAUGAGGAGAAAGAAGAAGAAGAAGAGGAAAGUUUGAGGAGAGAUGAUGAAGUGGAAAGAGCGCUUCGUAUGGAUGGAACUAUUCCAAAGACUCCAAACGAAUUCGUAGAACAAGUGUCUUCUCGUGCCUAUGACAUGCGUAGACAUCUUCAACAGAGUUUCGAUAGCAGCAGCUAUGAUGUGCUGGAGGCUAAUCCUUGGAGAGAAACACCUAAAUCUGUAUAUGUGCUGACCCAGAGAGAGAACCAGUUGUGUACAAUGAAGACUCGGAGAAACCGAAGUGAGGUUGAAAGAGAGCUUGGGAUGUUGUUCUCCAAAGGAGGAAAAUGGAAAAAUCGUGCAAAGCAGCCAGAAGCUGACACGAGAUUUCAGAUGCUUGUUGAGGAUAUCACAGAGGGAGUACUUGUAUUUGAGGAUGAAAAUGAGGCUGCAAAAUACUGUGACUUGCUUCAAGGAGGUGGUCAAGGUUGUGAAGGUGUUGCCGAAAUAGAAGCUUCAUCAGUAUUUGAUCUAUGCCGGAAGAUGAGGGCACUGGCAGUUCUAUUUCGCCGGGGCAGAACACCUCCGUUGCCCGAAAGCCUCAAGCUAAACUUAAGGGCACGCAAGCGCUCACUUGAAGACCAAGAGAACGUUAUGUAACGUUGCUAUGUUUGAGCUGAGUACAGGUGAUCGAUCUCCUUUGUCUAGUAUGCAAAAACAUAUUGGACACAGUAAAUCAGUAAUAUAGUUCUUCUCUGUGCAGCUAUUUUAGUCUGCGAUAGAUCUUACAUGUAUAUAAUAGUGCCACAUAAUUUUAAUGAUUAAUGUGUAUAAAAGGUUCUCAACUCAA